GCGUAUCCGCGCAGGGCUUCCUGGGAAAUGUCUGGGGUGUAAGUGUCUCAGAACUACAAAUUCCAGUACGCCCCGCGCUGCAGCCGCGAAGAGGACGCUGUCUGGUGAUUCGAAAUCUUUUGUCAGUGUCGUUAGGAAUGACUCACAAGCCUGACUCAGUAUUCACAGGAGGUUUUGGGAGAACAUGAUAUCUCUUCCGCCGGGUGUGCACGAACUGACUUGACUUCCGCGGCUUCCUCGAGCUCGCUCGGUGUGGCGAAUCUGCCGUUGCGGCACGGUGGCUGGGCGCGCAAGGCCCGACGGGAAGCCCGACGGACUCUGCUGCGGGAAGAAGAACGCCGGGUUUCCUGGGCAGCCACAGUCAUGGCAGCGACCGCCCCCAGGGCUGGGGGCUCCGCACCUGAGGCGGCGGCUUCCGCCGAACCUCCGCUGCAGUACAGCCUUCUUCUGCAGUACUUGGUGGGCGACAAGCGUCAGCCCCGGCUCCUGGAGCCUGGGAGCCUGGGCGGGAUCCCGAGUCCAGCCAAGAGUGAGGAGCAGAAGAUGAUCGAGAGGGCGAUGGAAAGCUGUGCCUUCAAGGCUGCAUUGGCCUGCGUGGGAGGAUUUGUCUUGGGAGGUGCAUUUGGGGUGUUCACCGCUGGCAUCGAUACCAACGUGGGCUUUGACCCUAAGGAUCCUUACCGCACGCCGACGGCCAGAGAAGUUCUUAAAGACAUGGGCCAGAGAGGAAUGUCCUAUGCCAAAAAUUUUGCCAUUGUGGGCGCCAUGUUUUCUUGCACUGAAUGUUUGGUAGAAUCUUACCGGGGAAAAUCAGAUUGGAAGAACAGUGUCAUUAGUGGCUGCAUCACUGGAGGAGCCAUUGGUUUCAGAGCUGGCUUGAAGGCUGGGGUCAUCGGCUGUGGAGGUUUUGCUGCUUUCUCCGCCGCGAUUGACUAUUACCUACGGUGAGAACACUGGUGUCCAGCAAGGACGAUGGCAGCCCAAGAUCAAGUUUGCUCUGUGGAGGGCAGUUUCUGCACCACUCCAGGGCACUUGCUUGAGACUGAAGACAUUUGUUUUCUCUCACAUAGUUGUGUCAUGAGGGAGCCGCCUGGCUGCAACCGGCUACCUCUGAGCAGCCAUGCUCUCUGCACCUGGACUCGAGCCAGUCUGUGCGGGGUAGAUGCCAUGCCAGACUCUCUCUUUUGGGCAGUCAAGGAGUCAGUGUGUUGACCUGUAGGAACUGAGUCCCACAAAGGUUCAGCCCGCAGCCUGUGGUGCUGUGGGGAUGGAGGGGACUUGACCCACGCCUGCAGCCAUCCAUCUCAGACCUCAGGGCAGGGCCGGGUGGAGCCAUGCUGUCCGACCAGUCAUGUCAUUUUGUUGAGUGCCCUGCUAUCCUUGUUACAUAGAUGUAUGUGUAUAUGUAUUUAUAUUACAGUUCAAAAGUUUGGCUUA